AUGGCAGGGCACAUGACGACAAGGACGACAGCACGACGAGGACGGCAGGAGGGCACAACCGGGGGCACCCUUCAUCCUCACCCUUGCCCCUCAUCCGCUCCCCCAUCCUCUGCCUUGCCCCUCAUCCCCUCACCACCCUCACCACCCUCUGCCCUCGCCCUCGCCCUCUGCCCCCGCCCUCGCCCUCUGCCCCCUCCAUCAGCCUUUCACCCUCUACCUCGCCUCUCACCCUCUCCACCACCUCUCGCCCUCUCCCCCACCUUCUCGCCCCUCAUCCACCCCUCGUUUGCCCCUCCCUUGCCCCUCGUUUGCCCCUUGUCCACCCUCUGCCUCCCCCUCGCCCUUGUCCUCUGCCCUGCCCUCUCACCGAUCUCGCUGUCUCACCCACCUCAUCUCUCACCCCUCUCUGUUCGCCCCUCCUCACACUUCACCCCUUGCCCUUCGCCCCUCACCCUGGCCAGCACCCACCCGCCAGGCAAGAGCAAGAGGGUGGAACACAGGGAAUGGAAGGGAGGAGUAUGA